AUGGCAGCAACUGGAGCUUCUAUUUUUCCCGCCAAUUUAUCUCUGGUUUUCUGCCUAGAUGCGACAUCGUCAUCCGUCAGAAAGUCCAAACCCAAGCAGAUUUCGUUUUCGCAAUUGCCUCGGCGAUUCGCCAUUUCCACAGAACAACCGCCAAAUACAGCGACGAAGAAGACGAGUUGUUUCUCGGGGAGUGGAAGGCUAGAGAAGCGUGAAGAAGCUGAGCCGGUAACGGCAACAAUGUCUGAGGAUCCGGCGAUGGAGCGUGGGAGCUGGAGGGAUUACUUCGAGCGGUCGAAGGAGUUGCUCAGCAAAUUGGAUGGCGGUCCGCCUCGGUGGUUCACCCCCUUGGAGUGCGGCCCUCCGAUGACGAACUCUCCUCUGCUCCUCUUUUUGCCUGGGAUAACUGGCGAUGGACUUGGACUUAUUAAGCAACAUCAGAGACUUGGAAAGAUUUUUGAGGUGUGGUGCUUGCACAUUCCAGUUGUAGAUCGAACACCUUUUACAGAAAUGGUGAAAAUAGUAGAAAGAACAGUUAGGUCAGAGAACUAUCGUUCACCAAAUAGACCCAUAUAUCUUGUUGGAGAAUCUUUCGGAGGAUGCCUUUCUUUGGCCGUGGCAGCCCUUAAUCCUGAUAUUGAUCUAGUGCUAAUCUUGGCUAACCCAGCUACGUCUUUUAGCCGGUCUCAUCUGCAACCGCUAAUACCAUUACUGGAUAUUAUGCCAGACAAGCUCCCUCACAUGUUGAGCUCGAUGAAUGUCCAUUUAGGUGAUCCUUUGAGGAUGAUGAUAAAGACUGUGGUUAAGGGACUUCCUUUUCAACAAAAACUUGGAGAGCUAUCACAGGAUCUUGCUGCAAUUUCAUCUUAUCUCUCCAUUUUGGCUGAUAUCAUACCGAGAGAAACACUUCGAUGGAAGCUGCAAAUGCUUAAAUCAGCUUCAGCAGUUUCCAAUUCACUCCUCCAUAAUGUGAAAGCCUUAACAUUGAUAAUUACCAGUGGAAAAGAUCAGUUGCUACCUAGUCAAGAAGAAGGAAAAAGACUAUUUUUUGAACUGUCAGAAUGUGAGAUUCGCAAGUUCAAUAACAGUGGUCACUUCAUCUUUUUGGAAGAUGGUAUUGAUUUGGUAACUAUCAUCAAGGCUGCUGGUUUCUAUCGUCGCGGAAAGCACAUCGACUAUGUCUCAGAUUACAUGCAACCAACUCCUACUGAGUUCGAAAAAGUAUACGAUGAAAACAAAUGGAUUAAUGUUGUUAGUGGCCCUGUGAUGAUCUCAACUUUAGAGGAUGGAAAGAUUGUGAGGGGCCUUGCUGGAAUACCUUCAGAGGGUCCAGUCUUGCUAGUUGGCAAUCACAUGUUACUGGGACUUAAAUUGAUUCCCUUGGUUACAAAAAUCUUUUUGGAAAGAAAUAUCCUUGUGCGGGGGAUGGCACAUCCAUCAAUGUUUGUGAGAGAUAAACAAGGAGCCUAUCCAGAUUUAUCAAAAUAUGACUCGUACAGACUAAUGGGUGCACUUCCUGUCUCAGCAACCAACUUCUACAAGCUUAUGUCUUCAAACUCUCAUGCCUUGCUGUAUCCAGGAGGCAUCCGUGAGGCACUUCAUCGGAAGGGUGAAGAAUACAAGUUAUUCUGGCCAGAACAAGCUGAAUUUGUCAGAAUGGCAGCAAGAUUCGGAGCCAAAAUCAUCCCUUUUGGUGCUGUUGGAGAAGAUGAUAUGGGCGAAGUGGUUUUUGAUUAUGAUGACCUAAUGAAGAUUCCUUACUUUAAGGGUGAAAUAGAAAGAACAACAAACGGGGCUGUAAAGCUAAGGACUGAUGCGAAUGGGGAGGUGGCAAACCAAGAUCUACACCUUCCAGGAAUUCUACCAAAAUUUCCUGGUCGGUUUUAUUUUUACUUCGGGAAACCCAUUGAAACAGAAGAGAGGAUGCAGGAAUUAAGAGACAGGGACAAAUCUCAUGAAUUAUAUUUAGAAGUCAAGUCUGAGAUUACGAGAUGCAUUGCUUAUUUGAUGGAAAAGAGAGAAAACGAUCCUUAUAGGAAUUUAUUGUCUCGAUUAAUUUAUCAGGCUACACAUGACUUUACAUCUAAAGUUCCUACAUUUGAACCUUGA